AUGCAGCGUUUGAGAAGCAUGAUAUCCGAUAGUGAAAGCGAUAGUGAUGAUGAAUAUAAUAUGAGACGUCCAAGGUGGAUAAAAGAAAGAAUUAACAUCACGAGUGCAAAGAAUAAUGCAACAAAUGUAGCAGAUGGAGCACCGAACGAAAAGGAUGAGAACAGUUCGCUUCUGGAACUUAAUGAUACUCUAACAUUAGUUAUGAACGCAAGCUCACUAACAGGAAAACCAGCGUUGAGGCAUCAUAUUGCACACUUUUGCCCCAAUCUAGAUGAAGCGAGGGCUUGUAUUCGUAAGUGCUGGAAAUUUGGGGCGCCAGCAUUUUGCGGCAAAGACCACAUAUGCUAUUGCGGACAUCGUCAUGGCAGAUUCGAUAGUGAUAAAAUGAAAAAUGUCGUAUUAGACCCGGUACCUAACCCGUACGCGGAUCUGUAUUCUAAAUAUUUCGGACCUCAGUUCAAAACCGAGUCAACAACAACAACAACAACAACAACCACAACAACAACAACAACAACCAUCCCCACGACCACCACGGAAGAACCAGAACAAAUAAAAUGGUUUCCAACUAAUAGUUCGCAAGCUUCGAAAUACGACCAUUGUGCAAUAGUAGCUGGGUACAAAGGAGCAGAUGGUUCUCCUCAACGGAUUAUCAGAUCUAAAAUCAAGUCUGGUUCCUCCUGGGCUGUGGUUCCUGGAAAACUAGAAAAACAAGUUGCUCAUAUAGCUUGGAAAGAAAAUCAUUACACAGUUAAAGAGUUUGAGGUGUUGUGCCAUGAACCAGAUGUUAAAACUAAGUGGGAAGUAUUUCAAGCCGGAUAUAUUCCUGGUAAUGCGAUACCAGGUGGCUAUGAUGAAAAUAAUGAUCCUCUGUAUAUCGGCAGGGCAGAAGUGGUUGGAGCCCUAACGCCUGGAGCGGUGUAUAAGAAUGAAAUACAUAUACCUUCAAACGGUGUAGAAAAAAUUUACUCUAAAUUUGAGAUACUGUGUUAUGAAGAAAAAUAA